GUCAUUUUGCUGUCAUGCGGGUGGCCUGACGUGUGUGAAUUUUCGUAAAAUAAAUGUAAAUUUUAUUAAAAGUAACUUUGAUGCGGAAAUGGAAUUUGGUUUAAUCUAAAUAACGUAGUAUCGUAGCGUCAUAUAUUUGUUUGAAAUUCCCUAACAGGCUCAGGAUGAAGUCCUUGUGCCUCAUUUUAGUAGUCUUGCUUGCGCUUAGUGGCAGUUUCGGAGUUGAUAGGAAUAAUUUUAAAUCUUGCGAUCAGUCGGGCUUUUGUAAACGUCUUAGAGCAUUCAAGCCUGAAAGAUCUCAGUAUGUCGCCGAUUUUAGCACUCAAAUGCUUCAUGACAACAUGUUUUUCCUCGACGUUAAUAUGGUGGACCUAGAGUCAGAGAAAAGAACCGUAUUGUUCCGCUAUGUCCUCAAGGUGUCAGGCCUGGUGGAUAAUACAUUCAGAGUGGAGAUGGAGGAGGUUAACCCUCUGUAUCCACGCUACAUCACUCUGUUAGCUUUGAAAGACUCACCAAUUGGGGAUAAUUUGAAGGUGAUUUCAAAGAAAGAUGGCAAGUUAACACUGGCAAACACGAAAGGUCACAGAGUGGUCAUCACUGCUGAUCCUCUCAAGAUUGAGUUUUUGGACAAGAACGGUGAGGUGGCCGUGGUGUUCAAUGAGAAUUCUCUGAUGCACGUAGAGCCAUUGGUGACAAAACAAGAACGGACUGAUGAAAAUGGUGAAAUUAUACCGGAAGAGGAAGGCACUUGGGGAGAGAACUUCAAAUCGCAUCACGAUAGCAAACCGCGCGGCAAUGAAGCCAUUUCACUCGAUAUUGGCUUCCCAGACGCCGACCACGUUUAUGGUAUCCCGGAGCACACUGACAAAUUGGCGUUGGCGACCACGACAUCUGGCGAGCCGUACAGACUUUAUAACUUGGAUGUGUUCGAGUACGAGUUAGAUAGUCGCAUGGCCAUCUAUGGCGCGGUACCUGUUCUAUACGCUCACGGCUUGAAGCGAACGGUGGGUGUGUUCUGGCACAAUUCAGCGGAGACGUGGGUGGACGUGGCCAAUAUAGCGGAUGGUACAGUUGUUUCCUCACUGGUCAACCUUGUUACAGGCGGACAGAAACGUAGAGUUGACACCAGAUUCAUGAGCGAGUCGGGUUUGAUAGAUGUGUUCAUAUUUAUGGGUGAUAGUCCCUCCGACGUGUUUAGACAGUACACGAGACUCACUGGAGCUGCGCCUAUACCACCGAAAUUCUCUCUCGCUUACCAUCAAUGCCGCUGGAACUAUGUGGACGAAGCGGACGUGCGCGGUGUGGACGAUAACUUCGAUACUCACGACAUACCCGCCGAUGUCAUCUGGCUAGACAUCGAGUACACCGACAGGAAGAAGUAUUUCACAUGGGACGUAGAGAAGUUCCCUCAUCCCGCACAAAUGGUGGCCAACCUAACAGCUAAAGGGAGGAAGUUAGUAGUAAUCAUAGAUCCACACAUCAAGCGGGAGGCGGGAUAUUUCCUGCACGAGGACGCCACCGAGAAGGGAUACUAUGUUAAGGACAAAGACGGAAAGGAUUAUGAAGGUUGGUGUUGGCCCGGUUCCUCGUCUUAUUUGGACUUUUUCAAUCCUGAAGCGACUCGGUAUUAUUCUGAGCGAUACAAGUUCGAGAACUUCCCGGGUACCAAUAAAGACGUACACAUAUGGAACGACAUGAACGAGCCCAGCGUAUUCAACGGCCCUGAAAUUACAAUGCCUAAAGACUGUCGCCAUUGGAAGGAGCCACAGGAAGGUGUUGAAGGUAUCGCAUCCUACUGGGAACACAGACACAUACACAAUGAGUACGGUCUAUGGAACAUUCGAGCGACUCACCAAGGGAUGUUGGACCGCUCUGACAAGAAAUACCGGCCUUUCAUACUCACUAGGUCUGCUUUCGCGGGCACUCAGAGAUACGCGGCCGUAUGGACGGGCGAUAAUGCGGCAGAGUGGGGGUUCCUGGCUGCCUCUGUGCCCAUGUGCCUAUCCCUCGGUAUAGCCGGCAUCAGCUUCUGCGGAUCAGACGUAGGAGGAUUUUUCAAGUAUCCUGAAGCUGAGCUGAUGACGCGAUGGUAUCAGGCGGGUGCAUUCCAGCCAUUCUUCCGUGCCCACUCUCAUAUAGAGACUAAACGUCGCGAGCCGUGGCUGUAUGAGCCCGCCACCACCGCACUAAUACGGGACGCUAACAGGCGGCGAUACGCACUCAUCGACUUCUGGUACACAUUGUUUUAUGAGCACUCCAGGGAUGGUCUGCCAGUGAUGAGGCCCUUAUUCCAAGAGUUCCCCAAGGAAGAAGCUACUUUCACUAUCGAUGAUCAAUACUUACUCGGUGACAAGUUAUUAGUACGUCCGGUGGUAACGGCCGCCGCUACAAGUGUACAGGUUUACUUCCCCGGCGGAGACACUAACACGUUAUGGUACGAUGUGGACUCUUAUCAACCUCGCGUCGCCAACGGAUACGCCAAUAUCGAUGUUAACAUCGCCAAGAUACCGGUGUAUCAGCGCGGCGGCAGUAUAAUACCGCGUAAGGAACGCGUGCGGCGUUCCUCUCAACUGAUGGCCGACGACCCUUAUACUUUAGUAGUAACGCUGGACGCUAAUAACACUGCUACCGGCUCACUGUACAUUGACGACGGCGAAACUUACGAGUACAAAAAGAAGAAAUAUAUCUACGCCAAAUUCUCAUACACCACCGAAGAAAUGACUUACACUUUCGUCAAUGACAAAGCAACUUAUCCCACUUUGUCGUGGGUGGAGCGUAUCGUCAUAGCUGGCAUCAAAGUGCCCCCAAAGACUGCGAAACUUCACCAGGGGGACAAACAGGUCGCCCUCCAAAUGACCCUCCACAGGGGCAACGACGUGUUAGUUGUUAGAAAGCCGGCCGCCACUAUGGCACAGCCCUGGAAGAUCACCUUUAGCUAUUAAUCGUCCGACGGUAUUGCGUUCGGUUUAAUCAAAGGAAAGUAUGUCUAAACAUUUUAAUGUCUAUGUCGUUUUCUACUAUUCGGUUUCGUUCCAAUUUCAAAUUUGUGACAGUUAUUUUUUUAAAGAGUGAAAAUGUGUUUGUUGUUUUUUCAGUUUAUUGUAUAGCAAAGGGAAUGUGUCGGUUUUUAUAAAUUGGUGAAUUUAGUGCUUUUACAUUGAACAUUUAUAUCAGAUUGUGUAUGUACACUUAAGAAAAGUUCAGGGUAACAAUAUGGAGUCGAAAUAUCGGAAAUCUGCUCUAUACUAUAAUUUAAUAUGUAUUGACUCGUGUGUUACUUAUUAAUAAACUGUCGUUAUAAUUGUAUAUGAUUAAAAAUGUAAACCGAACGCAUAAUCUACAAGAAAGUGAUUGUCUAUGCUGUUCAGCUAAAAACGACUUCGAACGCAGCCUUUUAACAUCGUUCCAGCGCUGUGACGUAGAGUUUAAUAACCUUUUCAAAUAGGUUUUAUUUGAUUCUGCCUCUAUGGCUGACAGCGUUGCCUUCAACGACGACUUGGACUUUGUUUCAAUAAAAUAAUAGCACUACAGUUCACUUGGAGUAAUCAGUAUCAGCCAAUAAUAAGGUUUUAACAAGAAUCACUCUUCUAUACUAAUACGUUUGAGUAUGGUCCAUAUUUAUACAAAGACAUUACUGUCUACUUUUUAGUAGAUAAUAUUUAUAAUUUACCACUUAGCUUUGUUUAGUUGAAUAUCUGAUUCGACAAAAUAACAAUUUGAAAACCACCAGUUUGUCUAAUUCAUAUAUUUAUUUUGGGAAAAAAUAUCAUUUAUAAAAAAAAAACAAACUUAAAAAAGUUCAUGAAAGUUUCAAUUUAGGUUUUUUUUUAAUUUUCCUUGGCGUCCAUGUUUUAUGGAAUCUAUAUUUGAAUUGGAAAUUUCGUGAAUUAUUUUUGAGAUACAUUUCAGGAAACAACGCGAUCAAACUGAUAUCCAAAAAUUUUUAAACGUAAAUGUUUUUUCAUAAAUAUAUAACACAUUGACACUGCCACACAUUUUUGACAGAAUUCAUUAUUAUAUUUUGAAAAUCCUUUAUAAUAUUAAUACUAUAAAGUUAUACUAGCCAUAAUAUUCAGAGAGUCAGUGAUCAAUUUCUUAGAAUUGUGGAUCAAUUUUUCGAUUCUUACAUAAAACACGUUACGAGAUCAAACAUAUUGCGAUAUUUUAAUAUGAAAAAGGCAAAUGCCUUAGAUAUGGUUUAUGUGAGAAGCGAAAAACCGUGAACUUAAAUAAUUUUUCUAAAUACUCUUGAUUACGUUGUUACUAAGGCUAUGAAAAAUGCUUAUUCAUCAAAUAUGUAUAAAAUUAUUGGCAAUAGAAUAAGACGUAAUUUUAGAAAUAUCUGAUGUUUUUGGGUAUUUGGAAGCCGAAGGGUGUUUUUAUCAUUUUAUGUGAUAAUAAAAGAAUUUACAAUU